UUAUCGGUCGCGCGAGUGGGGGAAGCGAGAACCGCGUGCGCGGCGUUUGUGCCUUAAAAAACCCAGUGAACGAGAUACAAACGCGCUAAUCAUUACUCGGCUCUGUACGCGAGAGGAGGUACAAUAAGCGUACCUGCUCCUGAAACGCUAAAAUGAUGAAAGUAAUCUUCGCAGCACUGCUGCUUGUCAGCAUCAGUGCCGCUUAUGAAGUCUCCAUCCCGGAAGACUACAGUGAAUUGGUCAGGUUCGUUUUUGGUGAACCACGAAAGGUCAACACCAGAGCUAAACGAGAUAUUGACUACGAAAACUCAGUCUGCGAGUGCGUGCCAUACUACCAAUGUAACUACCAAGGAUCCAUGAACGAGGACGGUGAGGGUAUCAUCGAUAUCAGAACCGGAUUCGUUGGAACCGUUGACAACCCAACCAACACAAGACGCUCAUGCGACCACUACUUGUCUGUCUGCUGUCUUCCUCCCGAAAUUAUUCCUGGUCACGAUCAGGAACCUAAAGACCCUGGUACCGAUGGACACACUCAGAAUCCUGGAACUGGUGGACAGACUCAGAAACCCGGAACUGGUGGACACGAGGUCCCAACUCAGAACCCUGGAACUGGUGGACACACCCAAAAACCUGGAACUGGUGGACACACUCAGAACCCUGGAACUGGUGGACAGACUCAGAAACCCGGAACUGGUGGACACACUCAGAACCCUGGAACUGGUGGACAGACUCAGAAACCCGGAACUGGUGGACACGAGGUGCCAACUCAGAACCCUGGAACUGGUGGACAGACUCAGAAACCCGGAACUGGUGGACACGAGGUGCCAACUCAGAACCCCGGAACUGGUGGACACACUCAGAACCCUGGAACUGGUGGACAGACUCAGAAACCCGGAACUGGUGGACAUACUCAGAAACCCGGAACUGGUGGACAGACUCAGAAACCCGAAACUGGUGGACAGACUCAGAAACCCGGAACUGGUGGACACGAAGUGCCAACUCAGAACCCCGGAACUGGUGGAAACACUCAGAACCCUGGAACUGGUGGACAGACUCAGAAACCCGGAACUGGUACACACACUCAGAACCCUGGAACUGGUGGACACGAGGUCCCAACUCAGAACCCUGGAACUGGCGGACACACCCAAAACCCUGGAACUGGUGGACACACUCAGAAUCCUGGCACUGGUGGAAACACUCAGAACCCUGGAACUGGUGGACACACAGGAGGCAUCAUCGGCAAAGAUCACGUCAGCAAGGGCUGUGGUUACCGCAACCCUAACGGUGUUGGUUUCAGGAUUACUGGAAACUUCAACAACGAGGCUAACUUCGCUGAAUUCCCCUGGAUGGUCGCUGUCUUGAAACAACAGAACGUUAAAGGAAACCUCGUCAAGGUUUACAAGUGUGGUGGUUCUCUUAUUCACAAGAGAGUCAUCUUGACCGCUGCUCACUGCGUUUACGGAGCUUUGGCGUCUGAGCUCUCCAUCCGUGCUGGAGAAUGGGACACCCAGACCGUGGACGAACCCCUGCCUCAUCAAGACCGUGGAGUCGCUAUCCUCGCCACCCACCCUGGUUUCAAAUCAGGAAGCUUGUGGAACGACUAUGCUCUGCUUAUCCUUAAUACCCCUGUCGACCUCGCCGACAACGUUGAGGUUGUAUGUCUGCCGGAAGCUAACGAAUACUUCGACUACAGCAAAUGCUUCACCACUGGAUGGGGAAAGAACGUCUUCGGCGAUAAGGGACACUACCAAGUCAUCCUGAAGGCUGUUGAGCUUCCUACUGUUCCUCACGACAAGUGCCAGAACAACCUCCGUAACACUCGUCUUGGAAGGUACUUCAAGCUCCACGAGACAUUCAUGUGCGCUGGUGGCGUUGAAGGCAUUGACGCUUGCACUGGUGAUGGUGGCAGUCCUCUGGUCUGCCCACUGCAAUACGACUCUACCCGUUACACUCAGGCCGGUAUUGUUGCCUGGGGUAUCGGUUGUGGCCAACAAAAUGUUCCGGGAGUCUAUGCUGAUGUCGCCAAGGGCCGUCAAUGGAUCGACCAAACUCUUGCCUCUUACAACAUCGACAGCAUUUCGUACACUCCUGGUGGCAACAACAACUACCCCCCAGUAGUUAACCAAGGCAACACUGGAAGCCACAGUGGCUCCAACUCCAACGGUGAAUACGGCGGUCACGGUGGUCACUACUAAUAAUCUGACUGUUAAAGAGGAUACCUCCUUCGAGAUGUAACUGACUGAAAACUUACAAGCAAUAAGAAUGCUAUUUUUGUAAUUAUUGUAAAGAAUAAAAAAUAUUUAUAAGUAAUUGAAUGGCUUUUUCUCAAAAAAAUGGCCUCAUGUGAAUACGUUUGUAUAAAAAGUGUGCAAGAAUGUCAACAAAAGACUGUGUAAAAUACAUGAAGAAAUAAAAAACAUUAUUUAUGCAUA